AUGGAGGUCAUCCAAGCUUCCUUGCUGCCUCAGGAAGCUCCGACAGCGACCUGGACCAACAACUCCUUCCCCGCCGACUUCCACUUCCUGUUCCUCUCCACUCCCUCUGAACCACGUCUGAGCUUCUCACCAGCUGACGGCACUUUGCUCUUUAACUCCAGUGACAACGGCACCAAACCUGAAUCACUCCCCGGUUUGGCCGGAAUUUUCAUUCCUCUUAUCUAUGGGAUAGUGUGUAUCGUUGGCCUGGUGGGAAACACUCUGGUCAUCCAUGUUAUAGUCAACUACACCAAGAAUGAAUCAGUCACCAACAUUUACAUUCUCAAUUUAGCCAUUGCGGACGAGCUGUUCAUGCUGGGUCUGCCCUUCCUGGCGGUGCAGAACGCCCUGCUGUCCUGGCCCUUCGGCUCUCUCAUGUGCCGUGUGGUCAUGACGGUGGAUGCCAUCAACCAGUUCACCAGCAUCUUCUGCCUGACGGUGAUGUCCGUGGACCGCUACCUGGCCGUGGUGCACCCCAUUCGCUCCUCCUGGUGGCGACGCCCUCACGUGGCCAAGGCUAUCAGUGCCACGGUUUGGGCAGGGUCCUUUGUGGUGGUGCUGCCGGUGGUGGUAUUUGCUGAUGUGCUGAAGGACGAUGGGAACUGCAGCAUCGUGUGGCCGGAGCCAGCCGAGGUGUGGAAGACAUCUUUCAUCGUGUACACGUGCACUGUUGGAUUUUCCUGCCCCCUGCUGGUCAUCUGCUUGUGCUACCUGCUGAUUGUCAUCAAGGUGCGAAGUGUCGGCAAGCGGGUGCAGGCCUCCUCCUCUCGCAGCAGGAAGUCGGAGCGUAAGAUCACCCGGAUGGUUGUUAUCGUGGUGGCGGUGUUCGUCCUCUGCUGGCUCCCGUUCUACGCCCUGAACAUCGUGAACCUCCUGGUGGUCCUGCCCGGGGACUUCAGGGGGCUCUACUUCUUUGUUGUCGUGCUCUCGUACGCAAACAGCUGUGCCAACCCCAUCCUGUACGGGUUUCUGUCCGACAACUUCAAGAGAGGCUUCCGGAAGGCCCUGUGCCGCACCUCCCGCAGGGUGAAGAACGACAGGGCCUGCACGGAGGUGCGGCGGCCCACCGAGGAGUGGGGGGGCGGCAUCGUGCUUCAAACGCACAAACGUGAAGGAGCCGGCAACGAUGCAGUGAGGGAGUGUGGUGACGAAGAGGAGGCAGAGAUCCACGGGACAGGAGGGGCCAUACAGAUGACGGAACUAUGCAAAAUGUCAGAGGAUGGUGUGACAGAGGGCUCGAGGACACAGGUCGUGCUGAGGGGUCAGCCUGAGCCGGAACACUCUGGUCAGAGAGCGAAACAUGGAGACCUGACGGGAAAGGGUCCCGGCUCCGAUCCUCCGGAGACCGCGUCGUCUGUGGCCGGUCAGAUUAAAAACAGCCGCUCACAACCUGAAGAACUCCUGGACAACUGCUCUGUGCUGGAAAUCAGUUAUCUGUGACCGACCUCGGCCCACGCCGUUCAGACAGCUGCUCACACACAUUCGAAUCGGAUGUGAAAUAUGACAAAGACAGCAGAUUGUGACAAAGAGUCUUUUCGACGAUGUAAGACGAAUGUAAUGUGAUGUACAGACGUUUAAAUAUCUGACAGACAAAAGAAAACUGCCAAAAAGUAUUAUGAAGUACAGUGUGUAGCUAUUGUUGUAAAUGAGACACACAGCUCCUCGGGAGAACUUGAGGAAAAUGUUCCAACACAUUUCUCUUCGGCUCAGUUGUGUAUCAUUUCCUCGGGCAAUGUGAAACCAUUCGUUGUGUGGUCGGAGCUUCUGAAGGAGACACAAUUUGUGUGUUUAAUAAGCUGUUGAGAUGAAGUGUCAACAACCUCCCUCCAGAGACAAUCACUCCUGACUUUCCUUUUGAGAUGAAUUUGUUUUUAAAAUGUUGUGCUUUGAACUGCAUGUAGACAACAGAUUUAAGUGUGUGUAUUUUAAACUUAAAUCCAUAUUUAACAUAAAAAUGAAGAUGAGGGAAGAUAAUACAGAUUUAGACCUUACGAUGUGGAAGAAUCUCACCAUGAAUGUUGAGAGAAUCCUUUCCUAUUAGGGCUUUUACAUUGAUUCAAUUCUUAGAAGACCAAACAUCUUA